UAACGCCAAAACACCAUCUUGCCUUCCCGUCUCCUAAACCCUUGCCGUCGCCCCCCUGACCCUCUACGGGUUUCGCCCAAAACCAACGAAACCCUUGCUGACAUCCCCCUCCUCCCUCUACCGGUUUCCCAAAACCAACGCGAUACAAGUUCCGAUUAGAGCUGCAACUACGGAAUUGUGGCAUACAAAGACCGCCAAAACUCCCAUCUUUCUCCCCCUUCCGGUUCAAUCCUACCAGGAAUCACUGAGGAAGGAUUUAAUUUGUCCAUUUCGACAGUUUGUCGGGUUUUAGAGUCAAAUCCGCUACUAGACGGUACCGCCUGAUAACAUGGCGAAAGUGAAGAUCCACGAUAAAAAAGUGAAGUUUGCAAUCAUGAAAGUUAAGAAAAAGAAGGGAAAGGCAGAUUCAGAAACCGAUCCUGAGCUACCAAUCGAAUCUGAUUCUCCUAUUUGUGACGAUUUGCCUGACGUUUCCCAACCGGAUUUGAAUGUUUCAUCUGAAACUCACGAGGACGAGGGCAAUGAUUUGCGUCAUUCAGCCGAAGAGAGUGAUUCCUCCGAGGAUGAGGUGGCUCCUAGAAAUACUAUUGGUGACGUCCCAUUGGAAUGGUACAAGGAUGAAGAACAUAUUGGAUAUGACAUAACAGGGAGGAAGAUCAAGAAGCAUGCCCGGAAGGACAAGAUAGAAUCUUUCCUAGCUGGUGUGGAUGAUUCAAAAAAUUGGAGGAAAAUUUAUGACGAGUACAAUGAUGAAGAAGUAGAAUUGACAAAGAAAGAUUUUAAGCUUAUCAAACGCCUGUUAACGGGAAGCACCCCUCAUGCUGAAGUGGAUCCUUAUGCGCCAUAUGUUGAUUGGUUUGAUUGGGAGGACAAAGGACAUCCACUUUCUAAUGCACCAGAACCAAAGAGACGGUUUAUACCUUCCAAGUGGGAGCAAAAAAAGGUUGUUCAAUAUAUUAGAGCAAUUCGUAAAGGGUGGAUAAAGUUUGAGAAACCAAAGGAGGAGCCCCGGUAUUAUUUGUUGUGGGGUGAGGAUUCUAAUUCGGCUGAAAAUAAGAGACAAGGUUUGAAAUACAUACCUGCACCCAAACCAAAGCUUGCAGGUCACGAGGAAUCAUAUAAUCCAUCUUUAGAGUAUAUCCCUACUCAAGAGGAGAUAAACUCAUACCAACUGAUGUAUGAGGAAGAUCGGCCCAAGUUCAUUCCUAGAAGGUUUGAGUCUCUUAGGAAUGUGCCUGCUUAUGAGAAUGCUCUCAAAGAAGGAUUUGAUCGUUGCUUGGAUUUAUACUUGUGUCCUAGAACAAGAAAAAAACGUAUUAAUAUUGAUCCUGAAUCUUUGAAACCAAAGCUACCAAGUAGGAAAGAUCUGAAGCCUUAUCCAUCAAAAUGUUAUCUUGAAUAUUUAGGUCACAGUGGUCCUGUGAAAUCAAUUUCAGUUGAAAUAUUAGGGCAGUGGUUAGCAUCAGGUUCAAGUGAUGGAACCGUUCGUCUUUGGGAGGUCGAAACCGGGCGCUGCCUUAAAGUUUGGGAUGUUGGUCAAUCUGUCCAUCAUGUUGCAUGGAAUCCUUUGCCUAAACUACCAAUUUUGGCGGUCGCAGCGGGGCAUGAUGUGCUUCUUUUGGACACUGGCCUUGGAGAUCCUGAAGAGCAGCAAAGGAUUACUGAACUUCUUCAUUGUGAGGAAUCAACACCAGUGGAUGAUGAGGAUCUUGUGAGUUGGGCUAGAGAAGAAAUGUACGGUGGCAUCCGGUUGAAGCAUGCUAAAGCUGUGACUACGGUUGAGUGGCAUCGGAAAGGCGAUUAUUUCACAACGGUCAUGCCAAGAGGUGAUACAAAAGCUGUGUUGUUGCACCAACUUUCUAAAAAGCAAACUCAUAAUCCUUUCAAGAAGUUGCGGGGACUUGCAGUUUCAGCUGUUUUUCAUCCUACACGAUCAAUUUUCUUCAUCUCUACGAAGAAUCAUAUCCGUAUUUAUGAUCUUCUGAAAUCGAAGCUGAUUAAUAAGCUUGAGACUGGUCUACAGGAGGUAUCAUCAAUGGCAGUUCAUCCUGGAGGUGAUAAUCUCAUUGUUGGAAGCAAGGAGGGCAAGAUGUGUUGGUUUGAUAUGGAUCUCUCCUCUCGUCCCUACAAAAUUUUGAAAACGCACCCUAAGGAUAUAACAAAUGUUGCAUUUCAUCGUUCAUACCCGCUGUUUGCCUCGAGCUCUGAAGAUUGCACAGCAUACGUGUUUCAUGGAACAGUCUAUUCUGAUCUUAACCAGAAUCCUCUUAUUGUUCCUUUGGAAAUUCUCCGUGGUCAUGCAAGCUCAAAACAUGGAGGGGUACUGGACUGCGCAUUUCACCCAAGACAACCAUGGCUGUUCACUGCAGGUGCUGAUUCAGUAAUCAAGCUUUAUUGCCACUAAGCUAUUUUUCUACCACCAGCAUUAUCAUAAGAAAGAGUGAAGAGUCUCGUCCAGACAAAGAAAUUGAAGAAUAUUUGAUUUGGUAAAUGAGGCAAAAUAGUCAUAUUUGAAUCUAUGGAUUAAUGUUUAAUUAUGAGGUUACGGAUUAAUGUUUAAUGUAAUGAGUUGAUUAGGAUUAUAUUUACAGUUUUUUGUUA